GGAAAUGAAAACAAAACACUGUAUAAUCACUAGAAUCGGAAAUCACGCCAAAAACUCACCGGAAAUACUGAAUAGCCGAAAACCACGGCGGCGAACACGGCGGCAGCAAACACCUAACGCCGCCAGCUACAGCGCUGAUUGGACGAUUCUGGGAAACCCAAAUCUACGAGGCUUUAGACGACGGCGUGGGCUUUUUCUUUUCUUUUAUUUUUUCUCCAUUCGACAAAACUUCGACCGUGUUAUUAUUUGCGUGGUGGAGAUGGGUCCCACGUGGCAGGCGACCGGAAUUUGUGGCGGCUGAGCGCUCUCCCCGGCAUGUUGGUGAUCUCAUAAUCAAUGGACAGUGGAAAUUGGCCACUGGUGGAGGCGGUGUUUAAUGCGCGGGACUUAGCAUCAAUCUGAGAUAUUCCUUUAUUAUCUUCUACGGCGGGGAUGGGUAGGCUGUUCUGGAUGCUCGAUAAAACUGGGACUUACACGGUCAAGAGUGCGUACAGACAGUUAACAUGAGACCAAACAGCAGCAACAGAGAGCAACACGGAGCAAGAGAGCUUAUGGAGGAAGGUGUGGAAGCGCCGUUUCUCCUAUCACCAUCUUCAACUCUCUCCCUCAAUUGCAUAUCUCUGGCGGAAAUUUCAAGGCACAUCUCCAUCAUCGUCAACUCUCUCUCCCUCAAUCUCCCGCAUACCUCUAUCUCCGACGAAAUUUUCUAGGCAUAUCUCCAGCGAUUCUCUUCUUCUACAAGAAGAUUAGACUUCAUCAUCUAAGGUGUUUGAUUUACUUUUAAUUAUGCAAUAGUGGAUCCUUUUGAUCAAAGGUUUGAUUUACUUUUAAUUAUGCUAUGGAUUGUUACUUUUUUUUGUAUUUAUGGUUACCUUGAGACUUGAAAUAUUAUGAGAUUUAAUUUAAAUUUGCUAUUCUGGUCAAUUUUUUCUCUAAUAGAAGAAUGACCAAAUAAGAAGAGGAAGAAGAAAGAACCCAAAUUCGUUUCUUUUCUGCAGGCAGGGAUUUGGAAUAAAUAUCCUCCAUCAUCAUGAAAAAUCUUAGAGGCAGAUUUCUUUCCUCCAUAUGGAUUCACAAAUACAAAUAAUCUUUUCGGCCGACCUGAUUAUUACACACAUCUCAAUUUUAAUAAAGAAACAUGGCUAAGAAUCAAAGAAGGUAAGCAACAAUAAAUACCUGUGAUUUUCAAAAGUGAACAAACUGUGUGCUGCCAUCAAAUAGGAUUUUCAAAAUAAUAAUAAUAAUAAUAAUAAUAAUAAUAAUAAUAAUAAUAAUAAUAAUAAUAAUAGUAAUAAUAAAGCCUGAGAUAUUACUGGAAAUCGAAAAUGAAUGUUUUCCGGAGAAGAGGCGACUGGUAGCCACAGCAGCAGAUUCCAGCUCCUCUUUCCACAAUAGCCCUGAUUUUGAUCUGUGAUCCUUCAACGGAGAAGCCAAGGACCUCCUUCUUUAUAAGUAUGAUUGAAUUGUUCUUGAGGGACAAAGCAGUUCUUCAUUAACCUCUACUCCUGCACAACACAACUCCCUCUAACCCUAAAUCCGGAGAACUCGCAAAUCGCCCACGAGGUGCCGCAGGAUUCCUCAAACAAAAAACGUAGCAAUUAACCAUAGUUUUGAAACUAGAAUACAGAAUCUACAAAUUAAAUAUCGGAUAGAAAAACAGUGAAAGAAAUAAAAUUUAAAUACUGAAAAUUUUAGAAAAAUAAAUAGAGUGAGAACCUUAUAUGAUGAAGCCCAUCUUGUAGAAGAAAGAAUCUUUGAGAAUUACCUUGAAAUUU